AGUUUGUUUACAUUUUCUCAACUGGGCAAUAGAUGGCAGCAUGUGCAAAAACAGCUUCAGUUUGACUGUUCCAGGAUUCAAGGUGACUACAUUAGAAGAUAAGGAGCAGCAUACACACAGCUGAACACAUUUGUGGUUUUCCUCCCUGAGGAAACAGUUGAACUGGAUUCAGUCUGAAAGAUCUAGGCAAACAUUGACACUCCCUCUAGAAAGUCAAGUGCUCCCGCAUUUACAGAGUCCAGGUAUGGCAAAAAGGGGGCAGAAUGUUUAGACACGUCCCACUGGGGGAGGGUAAAGAGAAUUACACACAUACUCUUUGACAAACAUGCAAAGACAAGCCACUGUCAAAACACGCUGAAUGACUGACUGCUGUUGUGUGGUCAGGUAAGGAGCUGUUUUCAUAUUGCCUUGUCUAAUGUUCAAUCAGCAAUACAUGAGCCAUCUCAUCAGCUGGAGAUUCGUAGACAACCUGUGGCUUUCAGCGUGGCAUCACUUCAAGCAACUCUCUGGCCUUUGGGGGCACUGCCAGGUUUAUUCAUCUCUGGUUUCUGCUCCCAUUUUGAAAAUGGAGGGUGUUCUGGACACAACACUCUUUCUAUGUACAUGCAAACUGACGUGUAGCGCCCUAAUCUACCCUGCAGUCGCACAUACUAUCACCGCGGUCAGUCUUUGCUCCAGCUGCCUACUGUUAUUCACUGACCUCGCUACCACCCUGUUCCUGCUCUAUGUCUGGUUUGUGGAGUCCUGGAUGACACCUUUUCAGGUGUCUUCCAAUGUGGUUGCACUUCGAUUCCUCCUCUUUCUUUGUCAGGCCUAUGGAGUUGUACUGAUGUUGAUGCCACCUCUGAUUGCUGUAGAGUUGUUGGUAAACAUGUUGCACCUUCAAAAAGAGAGGACAGUUGGCAAGGAUAUAGAGACAGUGCUUGCAGAGAGGGAUGGAAGUACACAGUGGCACCAGAGUGAGUCUCUAUCUAGAAUGAUGGGCUUUCUUGGUUGUCUUCUAGCAUGGAGUGUGAGUGGGAUUUACAGUAGUCACAACUGGAUGCUUGGACAGCUCUUGGUGGAAGCCUGUUUGGAAGAAGGUGGUUGCCUCGUAACUUGUCUUCCCUGCGUUUUCAAUACCUCCUAUGCCAGUAUGGAUGAGAUCUCUUGGGUUCUCCCUGCCAUAGUGCUUCUGUUGAGUUUGACAGGGAGCUUGGGCCUACUCUGGAUGAAGCUGUCCCACAUACUACCAGACUCACCAGAAAACACAUUGGCGGCAACGUGGGGCAAAAGGAAGGACUCUGUUGCCCUUGAGCUAAUGCAAAUACAGUGGCCCACGCUCUGCAGAACUGUAAUUCCCAAUGCAUUACAAAGCUCUGGCGUUGACUCAGAAAAAACAGCCGACAGCUGUGUCGUUCACAGGGCUGGGUUUGUGUACAAUGUGCAACGAUGGUUCUGUCCUGGAAGCGAAGUCCUGUGCUCUUGCCAAACCGGUUUGGCGGAAAGUUAUAUUCAGAAACAAAAACGAUCAACCAGCCAUGCACCGUUUCCAGAAUCAAAAACAGAACUUCCACUAGAGGUGACAUCAUUUGAACUCAACACAGUAGAGCUAUAUAACAGGACAGACUCAGUCUUGAGACGAGCACUGCAGACUCCAGGAAUGUGGUCUUGGCAUCCUGAGAGGCAAAGUCCCUGCCUGGGUGGAGAAAUGUUCACAGGGCUUGUAUGUGUGGGUCUGGUUUGCAUGUUUCCCACAGUUUUUAGUGGUAACAUUGUCCUUAUCUUAAACCUAGAGAAUUUGGUGGUAUACACUGUGAAACUUUUAUGUCUCUGUCUAUCACAGAGUCCCUGUUCUUGAAGUGAUCGUAAUGUAAAUGCAAAUGAAAAAUUUCCUGUGACAGACGAAUAUGGAUGGCAAUCGUAGGGAAUAUAACGAUUCUGGUACCUUAAAGAUUAUAUUAAUGAUUCUAGUAACGAUUCUUUUAGCACUUUUGAGGAAGAAAACUGUUACAAACAAAACAACCAGUCAGUAACUACUCUGAGGGCAUUUACACUCAAUGAGCCUUCUAUUAGAAACACCUGUACACCUACUAUUUUAUGCUAUAAUCUAAUAAACCAUUCGUGUGGCAGCAGUGCAGUGCAUAAAAUCAUUUAGAUACGGGUCAGGAGCUUCAGCUUAAUGUUCACAUCAACCUGAGUAUUGACGCUGACUACCACCCCUGGAGUCGCAAGUUCGAAUACAGGGUGUGCUGAGUGACUCCAGCCAGUUCUCCUAAGCAACCAAAUUGGCCCAGUUGCUAGGGAGGGUAGAGUCACAUGUGGUAACCUCCUCGUGGUGGCGAUUAGGGGUUCUCGCUCUCAGUGGGGUGCGUGGUAAGUUAUGUGUGGAUCGCGGAGAGUAGCAUGAGCCUCCCGUACUGUAACUCUCCACGGUGUCAUGCACAACAAGCCACGUGAUGUGCGGAUUGACGGUCUCAGAAUCGGAGGCAACUGAGACUUGUCCUCUGCCACCCGGAUUGAGGUGAGUAACCACGCCACCACGAGGACCUACUAAGUAGUGGGAAUUGGCCAUUCCAAAUUGGGAGAAAAGGGGAUAAAAAAAAAAAAACAAAAGUUCACAACCAUCAGUAUGUGGAAAAAAAUUUGAUCUCAGUGAUUUCGACCUUGGCAUGAUUGUUGAUGAUUCUGUAACUGCUGAUCUCCUUUUCACGCACAACAGUCUCUAGAAUUUACUCAGAAUGGUGCCCAAAACAAAAAACAUCCAGUGAGCGGCAAUUCUGCGGGCAGAAACGCCUCGUUGAUGAGAGUUCAAUGGAGAAUGGCUAAACAUGUUCGAGCUGACAGAAAGACUACAGUAACUCAGAAAACACUCUGUACAAUUGUAGUGAGCAGAGUUACAUGAGAUUCGCAAUCACACAGUCAUGCAGUCAUGCCUCAGGCGCACAACAGUUGUGCACACUGGAUAAGCUAGUCAGAACGCCGGUAAAAGUGUUUUCAUGCACCAUGAAAUUGGGGAAUUGGCUAAAAUCUUUGUGUGUUGAAAACUUUCAAAAGCGUUUAAGGCGUUUACAUGACCAUACACAUUUCUGACUUACUAUGCAUAUUCGGUUUACCUUGUGCAUGCUAACAAGUGCAACACAUUGCGUCAAAAACAUGUCGCUCCCAUUAUUAUAAAUUAUCUACACCGGAUGCGUCCAUCGCAUCACACUGACAGUAAACGUAUGGCCAGUUCUAUUCUGACGUGCUGCAAGCGCUUGGCUCUACAGCUCAGGGCCGAUUGUUCAUGCAUGUCAUCUUUUUAGAUAAUUUGCUUCUACAUGUCCAGUGUAGACAGCAUUGAGCUGUUGCGGUGCAACCUAUGUAGACAGGGUGUUGCGUACACAAUCCAAUAACAUCAGGUCUCAGUCAAUACAUUUUUUUUGGAUUUUGCAUACUUAUACGCACAAAAAAUUUUCUCACUAAAAUUUUCUGCUAGAUUCACAACAGGUGCGGGUUCAAAUUGUCAAGAACUGCUCUGACUGAUUCAGUGACUGAACAAGUCAUUGAAAAUUAUAAAUGAUUUGUAAAUCUUGACCGAUUCAUAAAAACAAGUCAUUUGUUUACAAAUCGUAAUAGACUGUUAAGAGUAAUUUAGUACAGUGUUACGUUACAAAAAUAAGAUAAAAGAAUGCAGACAUAUAAGAACAGUCAAUGGAACUGAACAUAAUAAAAAUCAUUAGGUACCAGUAUUUUUUAAAUGGCUCUGAUAAGAACUGUUUCUUAAAUCCUAGCCCUACAAAUGAUGGUACAAAAGACAUAAACUGUUAAAAAACUUGUGCACAGGGGUUGCGAAAAUGUAACACUUUUUUGAAACAUUGAAGAAAACAAUCAUAACCUAGUGCAUCAGUUCUGAUUUAACUCUCUCUUUCCUGCUGCAUGUGUGCUCUGUUUACUGCCUGGUAUUGGGUGAUCCAAUCACAAGUGGACAGGUGCAAAGGCCAUACUGUACCUGGUAAUAGGCAUUUAUUUUGACCAAUUGUGUUCGGAUUUCGAGGAAAGGAUCUAUGAUUUUACUGCAUGAUAAUAAAGCGCAAACAAGUGGCAUACUGUUUCUGCCAAUUCUACUUUAAUACACUCAUACAUUUAAUCUAAGCAUAAACAUGACGUUUAGAGCAGCUGAGAUUUAUCCUCCGCCACCCGGAUUGAGGCGAGUCACUACGCCACCAUGAGGACUUAGAGCACUUUGGGAAUUGGGCAUUCCAAAUUGGGGAGAAAAAGGGAGAGAAAAAAAAAAAUGUUUGAGUGCAGCGUUUGAUUUACAUGUUAAACUUUCACUAUAGAACUCGCUUGGUUAAUCAAAAAUCUAAUGUAUCCACUGUCAUGUACAUGUCCCUGAAUGUAGCCCUAGUACUUGAAAUGAAAACAAGUAUGACGGAUAAAAAUAGACCAUGAUGGAAAUUUUACAACUCAGUCCGUAACACUGUGCCCACUGCAUCUUUUUCAUGUUAAACAGUUUUUGUCCUAACAAGCCGCGGCAGCGAGACAUGAAGAGUGACAAAACAUUCUAUUUUUGGAACGGUUUGUAUUUCUAAGUCUUGCUGGGCAGCCCAGUCAACAAAUGGGUCUAAAAUGCUUCUCAUAACAGCAUAACACCGGAUCAGAACAACUUGAUUUUGGCCGAAGGUGUCACACACCUACUAAAUGUUAUGUUUGAGGUCUCACUCUUUUCAGUCUGACAGACACACACACACACAAUUAGAAUGGUGGAGACAUACCGGCUGGCACCCUUGGAUUUCUCUUUGCUUCCCUGUCACCUGGAGAUCAGCAAAAUAACAACAGGAGUGCUGCAUGAACAUAAACAAUUUUAACAGACUGAAUUUGGAUGUGAUUCAUAAAGUAACUCUGCCCUGUGUUUGAUUGUGUAUUUAUCCCCUCGGAGCAUGUCGUAGAAAGCAUAAGUCCAUACGCAGCUUCAGUGAGAAAAUGAGUUAUGUUCAAUAAACAAACUGUUAC